GCUGCAUGCCAACGAUUGAACUUCCGGAUCGUAGUUUUCACCCAAUAAGAAAUUGGAAGGAAAUUUCAACAAGAAAGUCUAUGGGAAAGGAAUUGCCUCAUUCUCUCUACGAACAGUUCCUUGAUGAAGAAAUAAAACCCUACUUAUCUGCUGUGAACAGUCAGGGGGAUGUUCUUACUCUCCCUGUUACUGGGUCUAAUGACGACAUUAUGAUUAUCCAUGAGACAGGAAAAAUCAAAUGGGUUAAAAUACCUGAAUUUGCAGGUGAUAUUUUAGUGCCGCUUGCUGUUGAUAUGAAUAACAAUGUUUACGUGGUGAGAACACGUUCAGUUAAGAUCGGGAUAUGCAAUGACGAUGAUAUUAUCAUCAUCCAAGAGGAAGACCCUCAUGUGUAUGUUUGUGACAAGACGUGUCAAUUGAAAUACAAGUUUAAACGUGACUCGAGGGAGGCAUAUUCAUUGGGCAUUUCCCAGCAGAAUGAAAUCAUGAUACCAACAGACAAUCAUACGGUUCAAAUAUACAGCAAAGAAGGAAAUCUGAAGACAACAAUAAAAGUCCCAGAAGAUCAUAAGGUAUGCAGCGUGGCAUUUCACUACGAAAUUUUUAAAAUAUUGGUUUUAACGACGGUUAGAGAAAAGCAUUCCUAUUUCAUUCUGUGCUACCCUGAAGGGGCGGGGAGCUGGAGACUCUUACUUUCUUAUGUAAAGAUGAAAAUUUCUUCCUUGAAUUCACUCCCGAACUGGUAUCCCAUCCCAAGGGUCCUGUUGUUGUUGUAAGAGACAGAAGCAUCACUUACCUUUAAUGAGAUUUAGUAUGAACAAACAUUUUCUGCAUAAAACACAGUAAAUACUUGUCUUAAAUAGUGCAACCUUGAGUUAACUAAAGCAAACAAUAGAUGCAGCAUGGUUUAGAUAAUUUGUGAGACUUUGCUGAAUUACGUCCCAUUAAAGUGUUCCUGUUUCUGUUGUAAGAGAGACAAGUGUAACUUAUAUUUAAAUAAUUUAAAUAAUGAUGUUUUUUUGACAUUUGCCAACAUGGACA